AUGGACACUCCUAUAGUAGCCGUAGUUACUGGCUCCAACCGUGGCAUCGGGCGUGCCAUCUGUGCUGCGCUGGUCCAGCAGUGCUCCGGCCCCUUGGUUCUAUAUGCAGCCUCUCGCGCCGGGACUUUUUUUGAUUUUACAGGCCUGACUAUUCCCCCAGCCGUGAAAAUUUACCCUGCUCGGUUGUCACUCAUCGACCAGACCAAUAUCACCGCCCUCAGCACGAUGGUCAGCAAAGAGCACCAGGGCUGCGACAUUCUCAUCAACAAUGCUGGACUCUACUAUUUCCAGGAGAACAUCACUGCUGCACAGCGUCAGGAAACUCUUGAUGUGAACUAUCGCGGCACUCUCAAUGUCUGUCAAGCCUUCUUACCAAUUAUGCGAAGGAACGGCCGCAUCGUGAACGUCUCCUCUCAAUCUGGCCAACUCAAAUACUUUGAUCUUAGGUUGCAGAAGCGAUUCCUGGACCCUGAUCUCACCCUCACCAAGCUAGAUGCUCUGGUCAACGAGUACAGCCGCUCAGCAGAUCAGCACACUGCGACCGCAUCCGGCUGGCCCCCCUUGGCCUACUUUACCAGCAAGGCUGCCCUGAACGCCGCAACGCGGAUUUUGGCCCGCAAAAACCCUCAUCUACUGAUCAAUUGCUGCUGUCCUGGGUGGGUAGGCACGUCCCUUGGUGCCCAGGCGGGCCAGCCGCCCAAGUCUAUUGACGAGGGGGCGAGGAUCCCAGUGCGACUGGCGAUUGGUGAUAUCGGGAAUAUUAGUGGGCGGUACUGGGCGAAUGAUUCGGUGGCUAGUACGGGCCAUGGGAAGGUUCAGAAUUUCUAG